AAGCUAACAUCGACAAUGCUGAUUCAGUGUCUUUUAGCCGCCGUCCUGGUAUUCCAGGCAUCCUUGGCCACACCUUUCGGCCUGCAACCCAGAAUCACUGAUGGUCAGGAUGCCGAACCGGGUGAAUUUCCUCACCAAGUGUCUAUUCGUUGGGGUGUUCCACCUAUUUUCAAGUACAAUCAUGUUUGCGGUGGCUCGAUUCUGAAUGAACGUUAUGUUUUGACUGCUGCACACUGUAUCCUGAGAAUCGGCAAACUUAAGGUCGUAGCUGGCAAACACUAUCUUACUCGUGAAGAAUCCACCCAACAGGAAGUUGACGUUGAAAAGGCUAUUGUCCAUGAAAAUUUCAAGGGAGGUAUUGCUCCAUUUGACAUUGCUGUCUUGAAACUGAAGACUCCUCUCGUUUUGAAUGAGAGAGUGUCUGCCGUCAAAUUACCCGAGCAAGAUCAAGUACGAAGUGGUGAUGCUGUAGUCACUGGAUGGGGCUCCAUCUCCAAAGGAUUGCGCCCAAUGCUUCCUGCAGUCCUCCAAAAAGCUACUGUACCCCUGUUGGACAACAAAUCCUGUCUAGCCAAGUUCCCAGAAGGCAUCAUCGGCAAAAAACCGGAACUUUUUGACACACAGAUCUGCACCGAUUCAGCUGGAGAAGUGGCCGCCUGCUCUGGUGAUUCUGGUGGUCCAUUGGUCCAAUUUGACAAUAAUUCGAAGACUGCUACCCAGAUUGGUGUCGUUUCGUGGGGUGUCUACCCAUGUGGUGUUUCCCGCUCUCCUUCUGUUUAUACUCGCGUACCCUCCUACGUCAAUUGGAUUAAUAAUGUCAUGAAUGCACUUGACGAAACGAGUAUAAAACACAGUGGUUUCAUCCAGUUGACACCACACUUCGAAAUGGAUUCGAAACUAAUUGUCGUGUUCGCUCUCCUCGCGGUAGCAUUCGCCGAGAAACCGUAUCUCGGUUUUCGAAUGCACUUUCCGAUUUCCUCCCAAGUAGUAGGAGGGUCCGACGCGCCCAAAGGAGGUUAUCCAUACAUCGUUUCUCUCCAAUGGGGACAAACAAAAAAUAGCGCAUCCCAUUUCUGCGCUGGAUCCAUUUUGAACAGUCAGUGGAUUGUAACUGCAGCGCAUUGCACUCAGGCAGUUCCUAGCUAUGGCGUGUUCCUUAUCAAGGCUGGAAAGCAUAAUAUUAAAACAUCAGAAAACAAUGAACAAGUAAUUGAAGUAAAUAACUAUAUUGAGCAUGAACAAUACCGAGGUGGUGUUGGUCCGUACGAUAUUGCACUGAUCAAGCUUAAGUCUCCCUUAACAUUAACAAACGAUGUACAAACCAUUGAACUGGCGGAAGCAGAAAGUGACCCAACUGGAAACGCGUUCCUCGCUGGAUGGGGUUCCACUUCGCGAACCAGAAACCCAAGGUAUCCAGAUAUACUUCAGCAUGCUCAAUUGGAAUAUGUCGAUCGUACCACAUGCCACGAAGCCGUCAGACGUCUAACAGGAUCUUCUCCUGUCCAUGAAACUAAUGUUUGCACUGGCCCAUUGAAUGGUGAAAAAUCAGCGUGCAGCGGUGACUCUGGUGGCCCCCUAAUUAGCCGUAAUGGAAACAAACCGGUGCUCACUGGAAUCGUAUCUUGGGGCAUCAUCCCAUGCGGUACUGUUGGUGCACCAUCCGUAUACACUAGAACAUCUAAAUUUAACUCGUGGAUUAGCAGGAACAUGGCCCUCUACUAAUGAUUAUAUUAACAUCUUAUAAUCAAUAAUUUCUGCUGACGAAAUAUUGCGUAUUAUACUGUGUAAAACAAAACUAUUGUAUAAAUAAAUAUUCUUUCUGCAAC